AUGACCGGCAAGCCUAGUGUCUUGUUCGUUUGCAUCCAUAACGCUGGCCGCUCUCAAAUGGCCGCUGGAUUCCUUACCCACCUCGCAGGCGAUGCUAUCGAGGUUCGCUCCGCCGGCUCCGCCCCUGCCAACUCCAUCAACCCCAUCGUUGUUGAAGCCAUGCGCGAAGAAGGCAUUGACAUCACCGACCAAAAACCAAAAAUCCUGACCACCGAUGCUGUCCGGGCCAGCGACGUGGUCAUCACCAUGGGCUGCGGCGAUGCUUGCCCCUUCUACCCAGGAAAGCGCUACCUCAAGUGGGAACUCGAUGAUCCCGCCGGGCAAAACCUUGAAUCUAUACGCCCUAUCCGUGACGAUAUCCGUCAUCGGAUCGAAAACCUUAUCGAUGAAAUGUUACGGUCCCCCUGA